GUGUAAGAAAAUAAAUGAACUCGUACUAAAUCAAAUUCAAAUAAUCUUUUAUCCGAUUAAUCUGGUUGGCUGAUUAGUCGAAUACCAGGAGCUCUAUUAUAUACCGCAAACAAAAAAUCGCGGAUUGGGAAAAAAUAUCUCAAAUUAGGUAUCAUUUUUGCGAAGACAGGCUCCCUGUCGGAGUACAAGGCCUUAGUCGUACCCCAAUCGGCAUUCUCCGAAAGGAUAAGAGUAUUUAGAAUUAACAAAAGCCGUACCGUCUACGAUAAAACUCGACAGGCUAAUAUCGAAGGAACGACCAAGAGGAAAAAGGAGAUGUGCUUAUUUUCGCAGAGUGGAAAUCAUUAAGGUACACUUUAGCGCUUCAAAAAGGGUAAUAUCUCGAAGAGGCUAAAAAGAUGAUCAGGGCAUGAACAGGGAAACAGUGGAUACCUGUCGCGCAACAGAAAAAUCAAAACCUGGUCUUUGGCUUUAUGACACAUGACACAUGCAAACACCGGCCAAAUCCUUGCUUCUAAACCUUAACAGGUGUCUUCAGCUAAGAUAUUCGGAAUGAUGAAGAAGGAAGGAGGAAGAUACUACCACCUGGCGGAGGUGGCUUCAAAGUUUGAAGCCUUAAAUGAGCAACUUUAUAUUUGGCAAAAGUAUUUAAAGAAUAUGUCCGUUCAGUUAAAUUCUUUCAAUAUCUCAAACAUGAAUCUUCCACUCACCAUAACGCCUAUAAUACCAGCUUUAAAGGAUUUAACUGUUUCUGCUCCAUCGACUUCGCAUGCGAAUCCUUUGCAGCCAGAUUUAACAUUUCAUUGUAUGUGCUGCACGGCUUACUUUGAAAAUCCUUAUAUUUUAUAUCAGCACAUGAACAGUGAGCAUCCACAACCACAAGAGAGCGGUGAAAGUGGUAACACUGCGUCUGAUGAUGAUGAUCAAGAUUAUAGCUGGGUACUUGAGCCAGUUUGCGAAAUAGUUGAUAUGGAAGGUGAUGAUGAUGAUUCGGAUAGUGAUUCAGAAUCGGACGAUGAUUCAUCUAGCAGUUCUUCGCAAAGUUCAAGCAGUAGCUCAACUACUGUUAGCAUCUCCAAUUCCAAUUCGGUAACAAGAGAUACGAGCCCGAAUGAUACUCAGGGUCAAGAUGAAGAUUACACACGUAUGACUUCAGUAAGUACAAGCACUGUGCCACCCGCUAUUUAUGAAGAGGUUGUUGGUGAUGAGUCCACAAGCUCCUUGUGUACAACCAGUGACGCCGCGUACCCAAUGAUAAAACUAAAGACGGCAGAUCCUCGAGAAUCUACUUCAAUCAUAUUACUUACACCAAGGCCGGAAAAUGUUUCUGAAGAAAAUCAUGAAUUGUCAACUAGUAUGACUAUAGCUCCAGUUAUUACUAAGCCAGGUAGAGGAAGACGCAGCGCAGCACAGAAUGCGCAACUCGCUGCUUUAACAAAUGGAGAUCAAAAAUGUUUUCAAUGUGCACAUUGCGAAGCUUCGUUUCAAAACGCUGGAGACCUUUCAAAACAUGUGCGAUGCCAUAUCACAAAUAAGCCAUUUCAAUGCGCAAUCUGUGAGAAGACCUUUACUCACAUUGGCAGUUUGAAUACUCAUAUUAGAAUUCAUAGUGGUGAGAAACCGUAUAAAUGCGAAUUAUGUUCAAAGGCUUUUACUCAAUCAAGCAGUCUGAUGGUUCACGUUCGUUCUCAUUCUGUUAGAAAACCACAUCAGUGCCAUUUAUGCGAUAAAGGUUUCAUAAACUCCAGCUCACUUGUAUUACAUCUAAAAUCACAUGAUGAUACCGAAAUUUUCAAUUGUCCUGAAUGUGACAAAUCUUUUAAACAAGAAGACUUACUCGAAAAACAUCUACAAAUGCACACACAGCAGCUUGUAUAUCAGUGUUCCAUUUGUCAUGCAGCAUUUCGGACAUCAUCGGAGUUAGUGCAGCAUAUGAAAUGUCACAUGGGAGAAAAACCUUUCACAUGCUCUAUCUGCGAUCGCUCUUUUACACAGAGUGGAAGUCUUGGAAUACAUAUGCGUAUUCAUACAGGGGAACGCCCUUUUCAAUGCAAGCUCUGCGACAAAGCAUUUACCCAAGCGUCUAGCCUCAGCGUCCAUAUGAAAAUUCAUUCUGGGGAAAAAUCAUACCCUUGUCAUAUUUGCGGUAAAUCCUAUAGUCAGCAAGCCUAUCUAAACAAGCACAUACAAGCCCAUCUUACAGCUGGACAAAACAAUAUAGCUAAUAAUAUGACGAACGAUAUUCAAUUGUCCAAUAAUAUUGUGCCUUCGGAGGAAACGCUAGUUUGUAUUGUUUGUGGAGCAUUACAUAAAGACGUAAGUUCAUUGGCAUUACAUGUUACACAAAAGCAUGCUGUCUUGCUCAAAGAUACCGUACAGAGUAAUACAACACAAAGGCAAAUGCUUUCGGAUUAUGUGGGCGAAGAGGAACGUCGUUUACAGGAACAACAGUAUAUACAACAACUACAAUUAAUUAUGCGCACUGGCGGUGUAUUACCGCAAAUUGCCAUGGAUGUCGAUAUUAGGAAGAGUGAUGGGGAAUUAGUAAGAUCUGGUAGCUUUGAACGUAUUGGAGACUUUAAGAACAAUGGAAAUAGGAACAGCGAAACUGUAAAGCAAGAUUUCGAUCAGAAUUCGUUUGAUCAUUACGGCGCUGAAGAAGAAGUGGAGACUGAAGAAUAAAGUGUAGAUAUUCCUUUAUUUAAACCAAAAUCUUGUCAAUAUUAUAAUAUAGAAAAACGCAAAGCAACGUUUAGUCCAUCGUCCAUGCAUUAUAUAAUUUACGUAAAUACUUUAGUGUCAUAUUUUCAAUAUAAGAUUACACGUAUGACCCCCGCUGACAUUUUUUACCUGUACUUAUUCAGUAUUGCUUAUAUUUUUAUAAUAUUUAGUUGUAAACUUAGCAUGGUUUGAAAAAAUAAAAUACAAAAGUUGUUAAGUAUA